UUCAUACACAGCUGUCACCUUUGGAUUCUUCUGUUUGUUUAUAGUAUGAGAAAUUGUGAUGCGUUUUUAUCCAACCACCUACUGCAUCAAUAAUUCUACAUUGACUCACCGACACCAAGGUCAUCCUCACUUUAUUAAAACGCACCAAGGAUCUAUAAUUACGACCACUGUUACUACUGUUGCAUGCUUUAUUGCUUUAUGCCUAUCAACUUUGGAUUCCCAUUCCACCUACUUUUUCUUUUUCUUUUUCUUUUUCUUUUUUUAACUUGUCCUGCUUUUCUUUGCAACUGUGCGUCAACAAUUCUACAUUGACUAUUUGACUUCCCUGCUGGAAAAUAUAGGUCUUCCUUUUCUGCACUCAAUAAGCUUUACACUUCUCAGUUUUUCUUUGCUUACUCUCUUUGCAGCUUCUUCAGCCUAGCCUAGCUACAGACUGUAGAUCCGCUACCAAUAUUGUGCUUCCUUGCUCUGCCUUUACACUUCUCACCCGGUUCUUCGCUUCUUCUUAGCUUCCCUAGUUUACGGUAUGUCAUCUACUGUUAAGUUAUAACUAAUCAUCUACCUUUAUUAUUUUCUAAUCUCUAUUUGUGAUGGUUAUUUGUUAUGUGUUUGUUCAGAUCUUUGGCCGGCACCAUUCUUGUACUUCUUUGCUCUGCCUCCAACUCCACAUAUUUUCAACAUCCUUACCUCAUUUCGCCACCUGAUCUGUAGGAAUUUUCCUCAUGGCGGAAAUUGCAACAGUAAUUCUUGAAUUCAUAAAGUGUGUAGCACCUCCAACACGAAGUUGUGUAGAUAAUCAUAGAAAAUUCAAAGAAAAUGCAGAAGAUCUGAGAAAGAAAUUGAGAAUUCUUGAGGCCAGAAAAGAAGAUGUAGAAAGACGGCUACAAGACGAGGUUUGCUCAGAAAAACAGGCCAAAAAGGAAGUGGUGGUAUGGCUUCAAGAUGUAGAGAAGAUUAAUGCUGAAAUUCAAGAUGUUUUAAAAGAGCUGCCUGGUGUUUCAUACUUCUCACGAGCUCGCCUUGGAAAACAUGCUUGUAAAAAAAUUGUUGAGCUAGAUGAUAUUCUUGGACGAGGCAAUUUUUCUGAAGGACUGGUAGUUAAUAAGCCUGCAACUGCUUUGCCUUUUCGGGUAGAGAAUCUAGAAGGCGAGGUUUCUGUGAAGGAAAAGAUAUGGGGAUAUUUGACAGGCAAUGAGGUCCAAAUGAUUGGUGUUUGUGGAAUCGGGGGUGUUGGGAAGACCACCAUUAUGAAGCAUAUCCAUGAUGAAUUACUAUUGGAGUCCAGAUUUGAUAAAGUGAUCUGGGUUACUGUCUCACAUCCACUCAAUGUGGGUAGAUUACAAGAUGAAAUUGCUAAGGGGAUGAAUGAAAGGCUCCGAAAGAAUGAGGAUGAACAAAGGCGAGCUUUAGAAUUGAAGGAGAUGAUGGGAAGGGUGAAAUAUGCAUUGAUUUUAGAUGAUGUUUGGCAAGGAUUUAUGCUUGAAGAUGUUGGAAUCUUGAGACCAGCAGUGGAAAAUGGUUGCAAAAUAGUUAUUACUAGUAGAAAGGUGGAUGUAUGCAAGUCCCUUGGUUGUGAAAUAGUUAAAGUGUCUCCUCUUUCAAAGGAAGAGUCUUUGAAUUUGUUCUUAGAUAAGGUGGGAAGGGACAUUCUACAAGUUCCAGAAUUGGAAGGAUUUUGGAAAGCCAUGCUGGAGGAGUGUGCUGGACUACCCUUGGCUAUUGUUGUAAUAGCUCGGAGCAUGAAAGGAGUAACUAAUGUUUGUGAGUGGAGGCAUGCUUUAAACGAAUUACGCAGACGCGUAAGAGCUACAGCCGAAGGUUCAGAAGAUGAGAUAUUCGAGAGAUUGAAAUUCAGCUAUGAUCGUUUGCAAGAUUCAAAUAUCCAAAAUUGUUUCUUAUCUUGCUCACUAUAUGCUGAAGACUAUGAAAUUAGAAGAGAUGAUCUGGUUGAACAAUGGAUUGAUGAGGGACUUAUUGAAGAGUCAAGUAGACAAGUAAUGCUUGAUAAUGGACACUUCAUAUUAAACAAACUUGAGAACAACUGUUUGUUAGAGAACGGUCAUUCCAAGGACACUAUUAAAAUGCAUGAUGUUGUGAGAGAUAUGGCAUUGCGCAUCGGUCCUCAAUUUAUGGUGAGAGCUCGUAUGAGAUUGACAGAGAUACCAGAUGAGCAUGACUGGACUGAAAAUGUUGAAAAGGUUUCCUUGAUGGAGAAUGGAAUUUCAGAUAUUCCUCUAAACAUGUGCCCAAAUUGUCCCAUUCUCACAACCUUGAUGCUGCAAGGGAAUAUCAAAUUGAGCCAAAUUCCAGGUUGCUUUUUUGCAAACAUGCAAGGGCUCAAGUGUCUAAAUCUUUCUGAAACUAGCAUUGAAAGUCUACCUCAUUCCAUCUGCAAUUUGGAGAAUCUUACUACAUUGCUCUUGCGUGAUUGUAGGCAAUUAAAACAUGUGCCUUGCUUAGCAAAGCUUAAGGCAUUGAAGAAGUUGGAUAUGCUUAAAGCGGGAAUUGAUGUGGUCCCUGAAGGCAUUGAUAUGCUUGUAAAUCUCCAAUAUCUUGAUUUAUGGUGUCCAAAAUUGGUGGAGCUACCGACACAAAUACUCAGUAACCUCUCUCACCUCCAGUACUUGACAGUAUAUUCCAAAUCGACCACUUUAAAGAUAAAAGGAGAAGAAGUAUGCGGAUUGAAGAAGUUGGAGACUUUUCAAGCUCAAUUGUAUGACUUGCAAGACUUGAACAAUUAUGUUAAGUCUAAUCAUUUUAAAAGAUUGAGUAA